AUGCUCAAGCAAGUGUUUCUUUGUAUGUGGUGUGCUGUGGUGCAGUACAUGGCUGGGGCUCAGCAGGACGGCGUACCUGUCAGUCGUGAGCAGCUCUCCCCUCUGCUCUCUCACCUCCGCUCGGCUCACAUCAGAGACCAGCCUGUCAGGGGCCACGCUUUCAUUGUGCAGCCAAAGAAUUCACCCCAGUUAAGGCCCUUUGGGCUUUUCAUCCACUCUCUUCAUUGGGGCCGCCGAGGCCCUCUCUCUCUCCUGUGUUGCCGGGGUUUAACUUGUGUCAGGAUGACUCUUAUCCUGACACGGACACAAAGGCAUGAGAGGAGGACUGGGGGGAAUGGCUACAAUAGGGAGGGGAUGUCCAGACACCCCAGCUGUGGAGACAGUGGGGUACAGGCCUUAACUGAAAUCUGAGAAACAGAGUUGUUCCGCCCUCCAUCACGCUUACAUACAUACUUACACACACACACAUAAAUACAUCACACACUCACGCACGAGCACAGAUGCACACACACACAUAAUGCAGGUGGUACUACGUUUUGGGAUCAAAAUAGCAUUCAUGUUAAGAUUUUAAGUACCAGUCAAAAGUUUGGACACACCUACUCAUUCAAGGGUUUUUCUUAAUUGUUUACUAUUUUCUACAUUGUAGAAUAAUAGUGAAAACAUAAAAACUAUGAAAUAACACAUAUGGAAUCAUGUAGUAACCAAAAAAAGUGUUAAACAAAUCAAAAUAUAUUUGAGAUUUGAGAUUCUUCAAAGUAGCCACCCUUUGCCUUGAGGACAGCUUUGCACCCUCUUGGCAUUCUCUCAACCAGCUUCAUGAGGAAGUCACCUGGACUGCAUUUCAAUUAACAGGUGUGCCUUGUUAAAAGUUAAUGUGUGGAAUUUCUUUCCUUCUUAAUGCGUUUGAGCCAAUCAGUUGUGUUGUGACAAGGUAGGUGUGGUAUACAGAAGAUAGCCCUAUUUGGUAAAAGACCAAGUCCAUAUUAUGGCAAGAACAGCUUAAAUAAGCAAAGAGAAACGACAGUCCAUCAUUACUUUAAGACAUGAAGGUCAGUCAAUCCGGCAAAAAACAUCAAGCGCUAUGAUGAAACUGGCUCUCAUGAGGACCACCACAGGAAAGGAAGACCCAGAGUUACCUCUGCUGCAGAGGAUAAAUUCAUUAGAUUGCAGCCCAAAUAAAUGCAAGUAACAGACACAUCGCAACAUCAACUGUUCAGAGGAGACUGCGUGAUUCAGGCCUUCAUGCUCGAAUUGCUGCAAAUAAACCACUACUAAAGGACACCAGUAAUAAUAAGAUGAGACUUGCUUGGGCCCAGAAACAUGAGCAAUGGACAUUAGACCGGUGGAAGUCUGUCCUUUGGUCUGAUGAGUCCAAAUUUGAGAUUUUUGGUUCCAACCGCCGUGUCUUUGUGAGACGCAGAGUAGGUGAACGGAUUAUCUCCGCAUGUGUGGUUCCCACCAUGAAGCAUGGAGGAGGAGGUGUGAUGGUGUGGGGGUGCUUUGCUGGUGACACUGUCAGUGAUUUAUUUAGAAUUCAAGGCACACUUAACCAGCAUGGCUACCACAGCAUUCGGCAGCGAUACGCCAUCCCAUCUGGUUUGCGCUUAGUGGGACUAUCAUUUGUUUUUCAAUAGGACAAUGACCCAAAACACACCUCCAGGCUGUGUAAGGGAUAUUUGACCAAGAAGGAGAGUGAUGGAGUGCUGCAUCAGAUGACCUGGCCUCCACAAUCACCUGACCUCAACCCAAUUGAGAUGGUUUGGGAUGAGUUGGAUAACAGAGUGAAGGAAAAGCAGCCAACAAGUGCUCAGCAUAUGUGGGAACUCCUUCAAGACUGUUGGAAAAGCAUUCCUCAUGAAGCUGGUUGAGAGAAUGCCAAGAGUGUACAAAGCUGUCAUCAAGGCAAAGGGUGGCUACUUUGAAAAAUCUAAAAUAUAUUUUGAUUUGUUUAACACUUUUUUGGUUACUACAUGAUUCCAUAUGUGUUAUUUCAUAGUUUUUAUGUCUUCACUAUUAUUCUACAAUGUAGAAAAUAGUAAAAAUAUAGAAAAACCCUUGAAUGAGUAGGGGUGUCCAAACUUUUCACUGGUACUGUAUGUACUCAACAAAACAGCGUUGCUACUGGUUUGAUCUGUAGCAUAGAAAUAGGCUGUAAUCAUUAGUUUCUCCUGCUUCCCCUGUCUCUGUCCAAAUUCUCUCAAAGAUAUUUCCCAACAUCUUUGCUUUCCUAGCUGUGUCCAUUUUCUUGGUCUUGUUCAUGCUUAUUUCUUAAUUUGCCCUCAUCCUGUAAUAUUCCUCUCUCCAGAUUUUUGCUGCUGGAUGGCAUCUCACUCCUAUUGCCUUUAUGUUCCAUGUAAUAUCUCUAUUUUAUAGCAGAGGUUUCUGUCCUUGCUCCAAGCUAAGUUCAUAAUUCAUGUUUUUACAAAAAAAAAUACCCACAAACCCCUGCAGAGUUUUAUUUGCUCUGCACAGCACCUACAUUUUCGAGUGGAUCGAUUCAUCACAUUAAUUUAUUUUCCACCAAAUCUGCAGUGCAUACCUUUGUAUAACACAUACUGUAGGAGCGGGUGGUCAGAGGGGAUACAUAUUCAUAGUUGCUUACGGAGAUAAGUCUAUAGCAAGUGACUUAUAGGUUCUUCUCUCUCUUAGAUAAAGAAUGUUAAUACUUUAAAUAUGUUUUGCACCGACAUUUUGCCUUAAUUAUGCUUUAAAACAGUUACCUGUUUGAGUGUGAUUCUGUCAGCCAAAAUACAAAUGAGAUGCAGAUUGAGUCACCUGCCCUCCAGCUACAGACUAGUUUCAUGUAAAAAGAGGGUUUUAUAAGAUGUAUGUGUGGAGAGGGGAAAGGUGGGAGGCUGUUUACUUAUUGUAAACAUUUGGUUAUGUGUGAUGAUGUACCAGAGGCUUCUCUCCUCACGCAUUUAGAGCAGUGUGAAAUUCAGUCAAAUAAAGCAAACAAACAGGCUGAGCUGGAGAAUUCUGGGUUUGUCUGAGCCACAGUGGGACUCCAGGCUUGCAGCAUUCCUGCUCAAUAAGUCAUGAGUGUUUCUCCUCUCCUUCAGAGGGCUCUAGUUUAGAUGCUAAAUAGAUGACGUGAGGGCUGUGUCAGGCCCCCUCAGACUGCACAAAGCAGGACAGAAUUAAUAUAUGCUCUUCUUUGUGUAUUUAUAUUAUGUAUGCAUUUAUAGACUUUCCCUUUUGUCAGCACUAAACUGGAGAAAAGCAUGCAGAAUCCCGUGUUUUAUUUAAUUCACUUUGUCAUAUAAGAAUACCCUCACUAUUUGAGCGUCUUCUAAUCUGUUUUCGGGAAUUUCAAUCUGGUCCCCAUAAUGAAAAUAUGAUGAGGCAGAUGUAAUUCUAGAGGGGGGUGGGGGAUGUUUGCUUAGGGAGGAUGAAGAGAGAGAAAAUACACUUAGUCCUUAUUUCUUAUAUCCUGUGGGAAUGUCUUUAAUUCUAUUCUGUUUAGAUUUGUUUUAAUCUCCUCUCUCUUAAUUCUGUGUUUUGCAUUGCAGAUGGUGAUGAUGACCCUGGGCUCUCCUGGGUAGGGUCCUCUCCCUCCAGCAAAGACGUGGCGUCGCCGUCACAGAUGCUGGGGGACGGCUGCUGCGAUCUGGGCAUGGGCACAGGGGAGGAGGAAGGGGGCGCGGGGCUGCCCUACCCCUGCCAGUUCUGCGACAAGUCCUUCAGCCGCCUCAGCUACCUGAAGCGCCACGAGCAAAUCCACAGCGACAAGCUGCCCUUUAAGUGCACCUUCUGCAGCCGCCUGUUCAAGCACAAGCGAAGCCGCGAUCGCCACGUCAAGCUCCACACCGGAGACAAGAAGUACAGCUGCCAGGAGUGUGAGGCGGCUUUCUCCCGUAGCGACCAUCUCAAGAUCCACCUGAAGACCCACAGCUCCAGCAAGCCCUUUAAGUGCAGCGUGUGCAAGAGAGGCUUCUCCUCCACAUCGUCUCUGCAGAGCCACAUGCAGGCCCACAGGAAGAACAAGGAGCACCUGGCCCUGCGUACUGAAAAGGAAGGGGGGAAGCGUGGCAGCAAUGCAGGCAGUGGAGGGGAGAUGGACCAGGACCUGUACAUGUGUGACUACUGUGAGGAGACCUUCAGCCAGACAGACGAGCUGGAGAAGCACGUAGUGACCCGCCACCCCCAGCUGUCUGACCGCUCCGACCUGCAGUGCAUCCACUGCCCCGAGAUCUUCAGCGACGAGAGCACGCUGCUCUCCCACAUUGAGAGGUCCCAUGCUAACCGUAAACACAAGUGCCCGGUGUGCUCAGAGCAGUUCCCCUCUGUGGAGGACGUCUACUGCCACAUGGACAGCCAUCGGCAGCCCGACUCCAGUAAUCACAGUCCCAGCCCUGACCCCGUGCUGGGCAGCGUGGCAUCCAUGAGCAGCGCCACCCCGGACUCCAGCGCCUCUCUGGAGAGGGGCUCCACCCCAGACUCCACCCUGAAGCCCAUCCAAAGCCGGCGCAAGCUGGCCCCCAACUCUGACCAUGAUGACGGGGGUCACUGGACGGCCAAGGUGACCUACAGUUGCCCUUACUGCUCCAAGAGAGACUUCAACAGCCUGGCCGUUCUGGAGAUCCAUCUGAAGACCAUCCAUGCAGACAAGCCCCAGCAGAACCACACCUGCCAGCUGUGCCUGGACACCCUGCCCACGCUCUACAACCUCAACGAACACAUCCGCAAAGCCCACCGAGGCAGCGGAGGCGCCACAGCGGCCUUCCCCCUGCUCCAGUUCACCAACGUGUCAGCCUUUCACUGCAACUACUGCCCAGACAUGUUUGCAGACAUCAACACCCUGCAGGAGCACAUCCGUGUGUCCCACUGCCUGCCUGGAGGAAUGGUCGCAGGCUCCACCACCCUGGAGGGCAACCACGCCUUCUUCUGCAACCAGUGCUCCAUGGGCUUCCUCACAGAGUCCUCUCUCACAGAGCACAUCCAGCAGACCCACUGCAGUGGAGGAGGCGUGCCCAAGAUGGAGUCUCCCGUCCUGCAGCCCUCCCAGUCCUUUAUGGAGGUCUACUCCUGCCCUUACUGCACCAACUCGCCCAUCUUCGGCUCCCUGCUCAAGCUCACCAAGCACAUCAAGGAGAACCACAAGAACAUCCCACUGGCCAAUAACAAGCGGCAAGCUAAGGUGGCGGACCUCAGCCCCGCCUCCUCUGAUGUGGAGAUCUCCUCCCCCAAACGCCAUAGGCUGGCUGGGGACUCCACCACGGCAGGGUCCAAUGGAGACUACCCCUGCAACCAGUGUGACCUGCGCUUCAGCAGCUUCGAGGGCUUUCAAGCCCAUCUCAAGUCCCACCUGGAGAUGCUGCUGAGGAGGCAGUCCUGCCCUCAGUGCAACAAAGAGGACUUCGACUCCCAGGAAUCUCUGCUGCAGCAUCUGACGGUCCACUACACCACCACAUCCACCCAGUAUGUCUGUGAGAGCUGUGAUAAGCAGUUCUCCUCAGUGGACGAUCUGCAGAAGCACCUGCUGGACAUGCACACCUUUGUGCUGUACCACUGUACACUGUGCCAGGAGGUGUUUGACUCCAAGGUGUCCAUCCAGGUCCACCUGGCUGUCAAACACAGCAACGAGAAGAAGAUGUUCCGCUGCACAGCCUGCACCUGGGACUUCCGGAAGGAGAGUGACCUUCAGCUGCACGUCAAACACAGCCACCUGGGACACCCCACCGGCCCCGGUGUUACCGGCAAGGCCCGUAAGUGCAUCUUCUGUGGGGAGACGUUCGGCACAGAGGUGGAGCUGCAGUGCCACAUCACCACCCACAGUAAGAAAUUCAACUGCCGCUUCUGUGGCAAGGCCUUCCACGCCAUCGUUCUGCUGGAAAGGCACCUGAGAGAGAAGCACUGUGUCUUUGACGGGGGGAACGGCACCGGGAACGGGGGAAGCCAGAACGGCACGCCCAACGGUGUAACCCAGAGCUCCAAGCGCGGGGGAGGAAGCGAAAGAUCGACAGUGGCCACGGAGCAGGCUGACCUGCAGAACAUGCUGCUAAAGAACACGAGUCAGGAUGUAGCCAACAGCCACGAGGCCAGCGGAGGGGAGGAGGAGCUGGACAACUCUGAGCCCAUGUACGCCUGUGACAUCUGUGGAGCGGCCUACACUAUGGAGAGUCUUCUGCAGAACCACCGACUGAGGGACCACAACAUCCAGCCCGGGGACGACGACGCUAGCUCCCGCAAGAAGAAGGCCGACUUUAUCAAGGGAAACCACAAGUGCAACGUGUGCUCACGGACCUUCUUCUCUGAGAACGGCCUGAGGGAGCACGCUCAGACCCACCGUGGCCCCGCCAAGCACUACAUGUGCCCUAUCUGUGGAGAGCGCUUCCCCUCCCUGCUCACGCUCACCGAACACAAGGUCACCCACAGCAAGAGCCUGGACACGGGCACGUGCCGCAUCUGUAAGAUGCCCCUGCAGAGCGAGGAGGAGUUCAUAGAGCACUGCCAGAUGCACCCAGACCUGAGGAACUCUCUGACGGGCUUCCGCUGUGUGGUGUGCAUGCAGACGGUCACCUCCACCCUGGAGCUCAAGAUCCACGGCACCUUCCAUAUGCAGAAGCUCUCAGCCGGCGGGGGCAGUGGGGGCGGGGGCGGCUCAGCCUCUUCCUCUCCCAACGGUCAGCUGCAGCAACACAAGCACUACAAGUGUGCCCUGUGCCUCAAGGAGUUCAAGAACAAGCAGGAUCUGGUGAAGCUGGAUGUGAACGGGCUGCCAUAUGGGCUGUGUGCUGGCUGUUUGAGCCGGGGCACCAACGGCCAGUCUCCCAGUGGGGGCACCAUGCCCCAGGAGGCCGUGGGAGAGAAGGCUGCGGUGGGGCUGCGAUGCCCCGAGUGUGCUGUGAAGUUUGAGACCCUAGAGGACCUGGAGAGCCACGUUCAGGUGGACCACCCCGAGAUGAGCCCGGAGACCAGCGGGGCCAAGAAGGUGACGGAUGCCUCGCCUGUCCCUAAAGUAAGAACACACUCAUAAUGUUCUCCUCUAUCGCUUGAUCAGCACAUUGAUUUAUAUUGAAAUCUACAUACAAUAUAUGAAAAUGCUAAGGUUUGGGUAAAUAAGGUUUAGUUUAUUAAUUUAUGAAUCAAUCAUAUGGUGAAUAACCAACAUUGUCCUCUGUGGUAUAAAAGAAAUGGAAGACAUUACCAACCCAACAAAAAGUUAAAUGGCCCUGCAUUUAGAAAAAUCAAAUUAAUUAAUUAGAACUUGAAUGCAUAUCAUUCAAUCAUUCCUAAUGCUUUUUGCGUGAUCUGAAAUCUAAAAAUGUUCAUAUUUUUUACAAUUAUUAUUUCAUUUGACGCCAUGUUGAUCCCACUUAUACUUAUCAUGGGUACAAAAAUAGCCUAGCUUUUAAAAGAUGUCCCUCAUACAAUUCUAUAAGCAUUUUAACAGUAUUUUCUAGCAGUGUGUCAGUUCCCAGUGGCUAGCGUGUCAAUAAGAAGUUGUGCUCAGUUAGAUGUGUGAAUUCAUGGCUGCAUUUCAUUCGGCCCUGGCGGGCCCUGCAGCUCAGCCCUGCUGAGGCAUUGUGCGGCCUGUUCGCUCUACUAGAUAUUGACAGUGAGGUCCCAGGGACACUCAAUCUUUACCUACGCUUUUAUUUCAGCUCAGCAAGGAGAAACCUCCAAAUUGUAUCAGGUGUGUGUGAAUGAGCAGUUUGAUACCCUCUCUAAAAUUCUUGCCUACCUGUCUGUUGCAUUGCAGAAGAAGACGUACCAGUGCAUCAAAUGCCAAAUGACCUUCGAGACAGAGCGGGAGAUCCAGAUCCACGUCGCCAAUCACAUGAUUGGUGAGUCAGCCUCAUCACAUCCUGUUUGUGUGUGUAUACGAGUGUGUGUUUGUUAUCUUUGUUCCCGUCUCUCCUUUCGGUUUCCUCUGGCUCCACAGCCUUCUGUUUGGCCUAGCCCUCGCCCUCUCUCUCCCCGGCCUGCACAGCACACAGGUGUGAGACAGACAGGUGAAAUGAACAGCUCUAUUUCUGGAGCUGCCGCACUCGACAGCUGUUCCAUUGUUUAACACUUGACUGCGUAGCUGAGGCCGCGGCUGCAGUUCUGAUUGCUCCGUUAACUCUUCACUAUACGACCAGGGCUGUGACUGCAGGCCUUGGUGUACAGUAAAAGGGCAACAAACAUUUCCUUUUCUUGCUCUUCCUUUUCCCUCCUCCCCUCCUCCUCAUCACUGGAACUUCUCCCAGGCAAUAGGCCUCAUUGUGUUCCAUCUCUCUCUUGCUGUCUCUGUCUCUUUCUCCCUCUCUCUUCACCAUAUGUGCACUCUCUAGGACAUUAUGAGGAUGAAAUGUUUUUUCUAUGCUCUACCAGCCAUGGCACUGUAGAGCAUUUCCUUUGUAUGGUCUGAUUGGCCACCCACUACUAACCUUGUGUGUCCACCCCAGCCCACUGACCUCCACACCUGGACAGAGGACACAGUGGAGAGUUAG